AGUGCAGAGGAUGUCCAGAGCUGACUGGGGUUUUCUGGAGCACCUGCUAGAGGAGGGUCAGGAGUAUUCGACAGGCAUUGGCCGUGUGUGGCUAACUGUGCUCUUCCUUUUCCGCAUGCUUGUGCUUGGCACAGCAGCCGAAUCUGCAUGGGAUGACGAACAGUCUGACUUUGUCUGUAAUACCAAACAGCCUGGCUGUGUUUCUGUCUGCUAUGACAAGGCCUUUCCCAUCUCCCAUUUCCGAUACUUUGUUUUGCAAGUCAUCUUCGUCUCAACACCAACCAUUUUCUACUUUGGCUAUGUGGCCCUGAGGACGAAAAAUGAGACGAGCCAAGAGGAGAAGCCAGAAGUAGAGGGUAGAAGACAAAGAUAUGGAAAAAACGAUGACCGUAAGCUGGAGGUAAUAAUAGAGGAAGAUGAAGAAGAUAAGAAGAAAAUAGUAGAAAAGAAAGGUAAAGUUUCAGAAACUCCAAAGCUCAAAGAGAGACUUCUGUGUGCUUAUGCAACUAGCAUAGCUCUAAAGGUACUUCUCGAAGUUGGCUUCAUUGUGGGUCUAUGGUUCCUUUAUGGAUUUGUAAUCGAGGCAAAGUAUGAGUGCCAAAGUUUCCCCUGUCCUCAUACUGUGGACUGUUUUGUCUCACGGCCCACAGAAAAAACUAUCUUCACCAUAUACACACAGGUCAUCGCUGUAGUCUCUGUUCUCCUCAAUGUUGUGGAGCUUUUAUAUUUGCUUCAGCUAGCGGUAACACAUCGACUAAAGAAGAGAUGUCAGGCAGAAGAGGAGAUCAAUAAUCUUAUUUGGAAGACUCGUUCUAGAAGAGUACCAGAAAAUGCUCAGAUAUCGUAAUUUGAGGAGAGAGAUAAUCUCUUUCUCCCAACAGUAAAUGGCUACCCUGCAUCAGGGUUGGACUGGGACAAUGAAGAUCCUUAUUUAGCAGAGGAUGUGCUCUCUUGUUACCUAAACUUCAUAAACAAUAUGAAAUCUGGCACAAACAAAAAAACAUCAUAAGACUGAUGACAAACACUCCAAACCAAGACAUUAUGUUUGAGGUGCUGAAAAUGAGAACCAGCGCUCCAUUUUGGGGAUAUUAAAAUGAGGGAUUAGAUACAUAUAAAGAACCAUUAGUGGUUUACUGUGCAUUUGAGAGCCAUUUCCUUUGUUUAGAAAGACAGGGAAAUGGGUUGUGCUUUGGGAUUAACUUUCUUUUGUGAUCUGUGGCCAGAUGCAGGGCCCCUCUCAAGCACUGAUUAGUUCUGAGAAGCUCAAGGUCAGGAAAUACUCAAACCACUGAGCCCAUUAGAAACAAGCACAAUGGCCAAAAAAAUGCCAAACCUGAUGGAUAUGGUACAGUUAAGGUAGUGAAUACCAUACUGUAUUUGAGACCAAAGGCAACUAUGUGCCAAUCAAUCGUAUGUCCAGUAUUUACAAUUUAUUUAAAAUUAUUUUUAUAUUGUUUAUUGUAAUUAAUUCCAUAUUUAUUUUCUUUACAUUUUUAAGGAUUAAAGGAAGUUUUUUUUCACUCCACUUUCAAAAUUCUAAAACUCCAUAAAAAUUAUUAGCUCUUUACUAAAUAGGUUAAGAUGAGUAUUCAUGUAUUAUACUACUUUGUGUGUAUAACAUAACUUGUAAUUUAAACAUCUAUUGUAGCCUACUAGUUUAGCCAAAUUUCAAUGAUACACGGUGGUGGCAAAACAUAUUUGCACACUUAAGCCCACACUUAAAAAUGUAUGAAUGCCUUUGCAUUAUAUAACACAAUUUCAAACCAAGUGGCAUCUAUUUUAAAGAAAUAUAGCACAAUUACACUUUCAAGCAAAACAUAUCAAAAACAGAUGUUUGAAAUUAUUAAACAAUAGACAUAGGUGAAGCUAGUGUUGGGCUACCCAGGCUUAAUGCUGCCUUCAUGUGCUAUCGGAAUUUCCUACUUCACACUUCUGAAGUGGUAAUUACGAGUAUGCCAUGUUCAAGUACUUUGUUGUCGUAAAAUUUAAUUAAUAUAUAUCUUUUAUUUUGACACCAUAAAAAUAUUACUCAGUUAGCUUGCUGACGAUAAUGGAAUUUUGGUCAAAUACAAGCUAUUUUUACAAUGUAAAAACUUACAACAUGCAUCAAAUUGUUGCUGAUAUACUUAUAUAUACUUAAAUAUGACCCAAACGGUAAGCGCUAACAAUUAGCUGUAUUUAGACAAAUUAAUAAAACCUGUCAUUCACUACAGAAACUGUACUCUCCUCCGCCAUGUUGAAAGUUUAGGACUCCUCCCAUCUCGGAAACUUGGGUAUCAAAUUUAUCUCAGAGUUGUCCAGUAGUAAUUACGGCUUGAGGGGUCGUUCAUUUGCAACUUCAGAGUGAGAAACUCAUAUUUACGAUAAUUCCAAUAUAACGUAAAGGCAGUACAAGUCCUGAAUGUUUUUAGAAAAGUCCAGAAUGUUUUUGUUGUCUUGAAGAUACACCAGUACAUUGGUGUCAAGUUGACACUAAAAUACAAAUAAGGUUUAAUUUUAAGUAAUUAAUUCACUGUAUACACUUUAUAUACAUCCUGCUAACUUCUAAACUUACUUAAAAAAUCCAGACGAAAUAAAUAAUACAAUCUUAGUUGUACACAAUGUGCUUUGAACUACAGAAAGCCAAAAGAGAUCAACAAUUUUAUUUUUAUUUUCUUUUAAAUCACGUUUAAAGUACAAAAUGUUAAAAGCACCAAACCUCUGAUCGUGUCUGAGGCUGAGACAAAAGUUAGUAAGUUCUUUUAGUUUUAGUUCCAGUAAUAUUUAAACUGUUCAAAAUGAAGUCAAAAAGUACUGUGACACAUUUUGUUUGAAAAACGUUAGUGGAACAUAAUUAAUGUGAGGAUCUACAUCUGUAGUCACUCUGCUAGGACACUUUUGUGAACUUGAGGGGAACUAACUUCAUACAUCCAAUAAAAACAUUUUUAAGUGGCUUAUCAAAAAGUGUCCAAAUACUUUUGGGGCCACAAAUUGUCUACCAAAGUGAGGAGUUGUUCACCAGUUCUUUGUUCAAUUUUCUGUCUUGUCAUGAGUGAAGCACCUCCCACAAAAGUAAUUUCCAUCUAUUCUCGAGCUGUGUCAACACUGAUAAGCAGUUAUCUGUAACAGGAAAAAUGGAAUGAUGGGUAAUUUAAAAGGUGGAACAGUUUCUUAUGAAUUUCACCAGCUGACAUCAGGGAUGAAAUCAAAACAAUAUAGUAAGAAGAAAAAUUACAAUUUUAAAGAGUGAAAAAAACACCCUCAAAAGUUGUUUUGCUGGCUAAUGGAAAUCAUGUUUUAUUAGUGGGUGUUAUCUGCAUGGCUGGGCUCCAGUCUAUGAAAGAUUAACAAGUCUUGUACUUGUGGGGUUGCCAACCAUAACCUGUAGUCUUUGCCCAAAGCAUAGUUUUCUCUAUAGCAGCUGCCCAGCAAGAACAGUCUGCCUGUUACCUCUUGCCAACACAAGGCUUCAGAGGUGCUACACAAGAUGCGUGGGUCAGUGAACAGCUGGUGAGGGCAGACCCUUUUAGUUCCCCUCAGUUGCCAAGUAAAUGGAGAGGCAGUCCACCAGACACCUCUCUUGUUUUUUUAUCAAACUUUUUCUCUUCCCGUACACUAUCCGAUAAAACCAUUUAAGGUGGAACAGAGUAGUUCUGGAGCAUUUCCUUUUGUAUUUCUUCAACAUAACACCUUCAAAAGCUGAAUCGUGGCCUAGAGCAAAUAGUGAAACUGUUCUGUUUAGUAUUGCCUAGAGUGGCUUACUGUGCACACACAUGCAUCAAACAGACGAGCAAUCUUCUUUUACCUAGGUGAACAGAUGUGUGUCAUUUUAGCUCCAAAAAAUGAAAAAGUCACAGAUGCCUGCUCACUUUGAGUCAUUAGGAGUUUACUUUGCCAUAUACUUUUUUAUUUUUUUUGGACAAAGGUCAUUCUAUUUGUGAAACUCAGCAGGGACACAGCCUGCCUGCUUGCCCUUAGGUGAUUUGCACUGAGUUGGACUAAUGAAAAUGAACUGCAACACUUACUGGCCUGUUUCCUGCAUCCUGAUAUUGUUGUGCUGACUGCCGAUGCGUUUCCCUUUCCCUGCUUACCAACCAUUGUUUACACAGGCACACAGGACAAACAAAAAGGGUUUAAAUCAUUCUAUUAAAAUGUGCAUACCUUUAGAUAUAUGGAGCAUCAGCCUGUGCUGUGUUUGGGCUGUGUGUGGGUGUGUGGGUGUUUUCUGGAUGAAACAUGGCUUCGAAUGGCCAUUCAACCUGCUUCCCAAGGAGUUAUGCUUGAGUACCAACAUUCUUUCUAUAGGGGUUCUGAGGGUUGCAGUAUGAAGCAAAUGUGCCAAUGAAUGUGGUGCAAAAUGGUCAAACUUGUACUUCCUGCCAUCUGAAAUGAUUAAAACCCUUGUCUUCCCAGUGAUAACCAUAACAAGAACACACAACUCUAUCACAGGAAAAUACAGGCCUAAAAUAACAGGGAUGUUUAGUCUUUUUAACAAUGCACUGUUGAAAAUUAGUGUGCCUGUGUUUGCGUGGAAUAUAUAUAUUAAAAUAAAAUUACUUUUACAGAUUAAAAUAGCCUUUAAAUAUAUUUAUUUAACUAAUUAUUGAUGGACAAGGAAGCCAUUAAACAGUCAUCCCAGAUAACAAGGUAACAUUGAUACAUUGUUCAAUUUGAUCCAAACCAACAGGUAGCUUCUCAAGGUGCUUUACAUGGAGAAAAGAAAAAGAUAUAAAAAGCAUGAAAAAGAAAGAGAUAAAAUAUACACAAUAUAAACAUGCAUAUAAAAACUGAGUAAAUAAUACAACCGGGUACAAAAAAUAAUCAAUCAAGUAAAAGCAUUCCUGAAAUAAUAUGUUUUAAAAUAUGAUUUAAAUAAACUCAGGGUCUGUGGUUGUCUAAUAUCAGCAGGUAGCGAGUUUCACAGUUUAGGAACAUAGGAAGAAAAAGCAAUGUCACUCAAGAGCGUAAACGAGUCUGAGGGACAAAUCUGAGGUUGAGGUAGCAUUGGAUUUUAGUUGAAAUAGUUAUUUCAACAUUAAAGCAGGGUGUAAAAGUGAUGUGCAGUAGAAUCAACAUCAGAUUAAAAUGUUGAUUCAGCAUUGAUGUGAUUUUAUUGUAUUUUUUUUAGAUUUUAACAGCGAUUCAACAAAAGUCAUGUAGAACAUCAAAUUCUACCAUUCAUACAGAAUUUUCUUUAGACAUUUCAGUGUUGUUUCAACAUUAACUGGGGUGCAAAAGUAAUGUACUGUAGAACUGAAGGUUUUGUUACCAUUGUAACAUUAAUUCAAUGAUAUUAACGUUGACUUAACAUUGUUUAAAUGCUUGUUGGCUAGAAUAAAAGAAAAAUUCAUUUUGCCAUAUGCUGAACUGUCAAGCCACAACAAUCAAAAUUGCAAUUUUUGACUCAUAAGACAAAUGCCCUUGCCCUCAGCUGGCCAAACACAUGGGUGCUUUAUUUAUUUAGAAAACCAGACGUAAAUGGGCUUGUAUCUGCUUCCUGAUUCUUCCAUUGAUUCUUCACUCCAGGGAUUGGCUAAAACGAUUGUUCACCCACACAAUGGAUCAACAUUGUGCAUUGUUACAUUGUAUAGGUCAAGAUCCCACCUGCAGCUGUUUCAGGAUGUUAUGGCCAACUUCUCAAACCACAUAUUAUGGAUAAAAGCAAUACUAAACUAGAUUUGUAUAUUUUCUUAAUAAGUGUGAGCUGUGAGUGGGGCUUGCACAUGAAAAACUCACCAACAUGAUGCAAGAGUGUUGCUAUGUGGUUGCUUACAAUACUAAUAUGCUGUUGCUAGGGUAUGCUGGUGGGUGGUGGCUUAAAGAGUCAAAAGAGACCACCUCCAAGUCUCUAUGAUAUUCUGGUCCCUAGAUAUAGCUUGGGACACUUCAACAUAGUUAAUUUGUACAAGAUGGUGAAAUAUAAUAAAUAAUAAAAAAAGGCCUGACUUUUAUUCCCUCAGAAUCUAUCCAAUCAACAGCCAGAAUUUCAAAUGGAUACAAUAGCACAACUCUCCACAAGCUGCACAAUUUAGGGAAUCCUUAAUGUCCGAAGUGCAAAUUUUGUUUUGGGUUACGCAUGUUAGAAAUGUAUUCAAAUUCCUAACCUUAAUUUUGAGCUAUAGUAAUAGCAAUUCUUGCCUUAUCAAGCACCACUAAUAAACAGAAAAGUGGUAAGCAUAAUUUUUAUUCAUAAUUUUAUAUGAUCUGUGAACUUUUCGUAUUGUUUUGACUGAACCGAAACUAAUGUUUGACAUACAGUGAUGAGUCAAAGAACAUUGCUUCUUAAUCGAGAUAAGGAGUUGAUUACUUUGUAAACAGUCAUACAAGGCAGACUUGUGAGUCAUCAUUAGAACAUCUUGACUAAAAACCAUGAAUCACAGUUCGGUUUCUCAGAUGUCAAGCCUCAAGCAAUGCUCAAUAAUGAAACUUUUAAUGAAGAUCAAUGCCUGAUGCUGCAUAUGGUAAUUUUUAAAACCUACAAUAUUACAUUCCUUCUUUUUCAUAAUAAAUGAUUGAGGUUAAUUCCAUCAUAAAUGUAAGAAGCAGCCCAUGGUUAUUAGAAUUUUAUGAUUAUUUCUUGAAGAGUAUAAACAGAAACAAUAAUGUCUCCAUGAUGUAAGUUCAGUAUAGCUGAAUUAUAUUUUGCAUGGAGUGGGAUCCAAAAGUUUAAAGGCUGGGAUUUGUUUAAUUUAAACUAGGACAUAAAUAAAACAAAGUUAAGAUUCUUCAGUAUUUCUUGCUCACUGAUCAAACAGGUGACACUGACCAUGCUAACUCAUUUGUACAAAAGGUCAGAUUUCCUUGCUUCUGUUGAAGAUGCAUUUUGGAAAUAUUUGAAAUCAUGUUGGAUAGCAUGGACGUUUAGGUUUUGCACAAACUUGUGGAACCAAUAUCAGCUCAAAUGCAUGCUAUCAUUACAGCAAAAAGUGGACUUUCUAAAUACAAAGACAUUUAGAAUUGAAUUCAACACUUUAAACUCAAGACUUUAGACUUUAACCUCCAUGGCAUUUGCCAAAAUAAGUUGUAGGACAUGACAUUUUCACUACACACAGUGUCAUAAUCAUUUGAUUUUCUUGAAUGUGACACUGAGGUAUUGCUAAGCCCCAAGAGGCCCAUGUCGAGGGAAAUGGAAGUCAGUUUUGCAACUAUCUAAAAAGGUUCAAAAAGGGACAGGACAAGCUGGUUGUGGGAACUGAACAGUCAAGUCUCCAUUGUUCCUGUUGCUGAUGGGAAUCUUGCUAGCAUAAAUAAUUAUGCUGUAAUUGUGCAAACAGCCUGUACAAAUCCUGACUGAAUGGGUAAGAGAGGGCAGCAGGUGUCAGUCCUCCUUCCUAUCACUCAGGAACAAUUGGGCUGUUUGUUCUCAAGUGAGCACCAAACCCUCUGUC